UUGGACUUUGACAUUUCAAUCAACUAGAUUUUAAACUGUAAUCGAGUAGGAAAUUGAAACUCAGGACAAGAACAGCUUUAUAGCUGUUGACCCUGAGCCACGUAGACUUGUAGUUCCUAUUCUCCCUUCGAACCAAACGAUACAAAUCCAAAAAUGUCUGAAAAAAGCAGCCCGAUUAAAUACUUUUUGAGUGGUGGAUUCGGUGGCGUAUGCACAGUGUUAGCUGGUCAUCCCAUGGAUACAGUGAAAGUGAGAUUGCAAACUAUGCCACUGCCGAAACCGGGCGAAGUGCCCCUGUACAGCGGUACUUUCGACUGUUUCAGGAAGACUAUCAAUAAGGAAGGUUUUCGUGGGUUGUACAAGGGCAUGUCGGCGCCCUUGACCGGGGUAGCGCCGAUUUUCGCGAUCAGUUUCUUUGGGUUCGGUCUCGGUAAGAAACUGAUAGCUCGUUCUGAGGACCAGGUGCUCUCUAAGCCCGAGUUGUUCGCCGCGGGCGCCUUCUCCGGGAUCUUCACGACAUCCAUCAUGGCGCCAGGCGAGCGCAUCAAGUGCCUGCUGCAGAUCCAGCAGGGCGGCAACGCGCCGCAGAAGUACGCUGGCAUGGUCGACUGCGCCAGACAGUUAUACCGCGAGGGCGGCAUGAAGAGCAUCUACAAGGGCAGUGUAGCAACUAUUUUAAGAGAUGUGCCAGCCAGUGGCAUGUACUUCAUGACCUAUGAAUGGGUGAAGGAAGUGUUGGUACCGGCCGAUGCAAGCUCUAAAAUGAAAAUGCUGGCCACUAUCAUGGCUGGGGGCUGCGCUGGGAUAGCUAACUGGCUGGUAGGCAUGCCAGCUGAUGUGUUGAAGAGCAGGCUGCAGACAGCACCUGAAGGGACAUAUCCUAAUGGUAUGCGAGAUGUGUUCAAGCAGCUCCUAGAACGAGAAGGCCCGACAGCUCUGUACAAGGGUGUAACUCCGGUCAUGCUCCGAGCAUUUCCGGCUAAUGCGGCAUGCUUUGUGGGCUUUGAGCUAGCCAUCAACUUCUUGGACUGGGUUGCACCAAGCCUUUGAUAGUGUUAUCAGAAACUAGAUCAAGAAUUAUAUGUACAGUAUACUAAGUAUAAGAUUCCUCUAAGUUUUAAAUGAAAUCUAACUAUAGAAAGAUGUAAAUCAGAUAUAUUUUUUUGGCUUGACUCAUGACUGUUACUUGCAUGUGAUGCCAAAAUAGAUAAGCUUUAUUUGGCAGGGAUUAAUUGUAAGAGAUCAUGUUUAUUUUUUAUUACAAUUUGUUUACAACACUGCCUAAGUUUAUUUUGAAAUAUUCAAAAGAAAAUGUACGUGGUUACAAGAUUAGUUUACAAGUUCAUUGUGUGAUAAAAACUGAAAAAUAUUUAAGUUUAUUAUUUUAAUAUAUCUGCAGUAUAUUCGAACCACAAUCAAAGUCAGUCCAACUCGACUUUAUCUUGCUAGACAGAUAUAUACAUACAUGCAAUCACGCCUGUAUCCCAUAAAGGGGCAGGCAGAGCACAUAAACUACUAAAGUUUCAGUGCCACUCUUGGCAAAAAGGGGUUGAUAGAAAUCGAAAUUGUGCUAGACAGAUUUUAGAUGAAAACUUUGUCAAUGUUUCAUUAAUCUUUCAAAUUCUUACUUAGUCUUACUAUAUGCAAAUUUAAUUUUGUUUUAAUGGGGGUAAACCCUUCCAAGUGAUAUGCAAUAUUGUAAAAAUGAUGCAGAUUUCAGUAAAAAAAAAAAGUCAUAGAAGUAUUUUUUUUUUACACUUAGUUGUGUUGUGUACAAUUUAAAUUGCCUCUCUUUUAAAGCCUAUAACUUUGAUAAAUACCGUCAGUGUGAGGAUUUUAUUGUAUACUAAAGUAUACAACUUUAUUACUUGAGGUAUCAAACUUGUUAGCUUUGUAAGGGUCUCCAGUAUCUCUGCCUAAGCCACAAAUAUUAGUGAUAUAUUUUUAUUAUUGUAGUUAAAUAUUCUUUAGUUUAUGCAAUGUUAUUUCAGAUAAUAGGACAUAUGUCACAGAUAAACUUUAAGUGCCUUGCAUUAUACAUGUUUACCAA